UCCACGCCCCUCCUUCUCGGCCGGUCCCGGACUACGACUCCCAUAAUGCUCUGUGCCCAAGGGGUCCCCUUGACCAGGGAGACGGAUGGCCCGGGGUGUUAUGGGAGUUGUAGUUUGAAGCUUCUCAGGUGGUUGGGUUGGGGGUGGGGUCCCUCCUCUGCCCCCCCAAACUGGGGGACCCCACACCCCAUCACCUCGCCCCUGACUUGGGUGAAUUCCAGAGAAGACUGAGGGAAAGAAGAGGCACACUGGAGUCAGAAGCACUGAGAAUUUGAAAUACGCUCCCACGGAUAGCCUCAGCACCCCAUAUUUGGUCAGCAGCUGUCUGGCGAGUACUUCCGGUACAAGGGGGUCCCCAUCCCCGUGGGCCUCUACUCCCCUGAGAGCAUCAGCUUUGUGGAGAAUGGCCUGGACGUGCGGGACGACGACAUCUUCAUCCUCACCUACCCCAAGUCAGGCACCCACUGGAUGAUCGAGAUCCUCAGCUUGAUCCUGAAGGACGGGGACCCUUCCUGGAUCCGCUCCGUGCCCAUCUGGGACCGGGCCCCCUGGUGUGAGAUCAUCCAGAUGGUCUCCAAGUGCCACGAACUCCCCUCCCCGCGCCUCCUGAGCUCCCACCUUCCAAUCCAGCUCUUCACGAAGGCCUUCUUCAAAUCCAAGGCUAAGGCGAUCUACCUGGGCAGGAACCCCCGGGACGUGCUGGUUUCUCUCUACCAUUACUACAAGAUCGCUGGGCACUUGAAGGACCCAGGCAGCCCGGACCAGUUUCUGCAGAACUUCCUCAAAGGCGAAGUGCAGUUCGGCUCCUGGUUCGACCACAUUAAAGGCUGGAUUCGGAUGCGGGGCAAAGAGAACUUCCUGUUCAUCACCUACGAGGAGCUAAAGCAGGACCUCCACGGCUCAGUGCAGCGCAUCUGCCAAUUCCUGGAGCGGCCGCUGAGUGAGGAGGCGCUGGAAUCCGUGGUGACACACUCGGCCUUCGGUGCCAUGAAGGCCAACAGAAUGUCCAACUACUCCCUACUGCCCUCCAGCCUGCUGGACCAGACGCACGGGAACUUCCUGAGGAAAGGAGUCUGCGGCGACUGGAAGAACCACUUCACCGUGGCUCAGAGCGAAGCUUUCGACCGCAUCUACCGCGAGCAGAUGCGGGGGCUGCCCCGCUUCCCCUGGGACGAGAGCCCCGAAGACGGCAGCCCAGACCCCGACCCCAGCUCCGACCCCAGCCCGGGCCAGGAUCCCGAGCCCCCACACCUGUGA